UCGCACUUUACUCGAAAAGCUCAUGAAUGAAACCGAAGCAAAGUUUAGUUUCGCGCUCCCAAAACCGAGAGGAACUCAGAUACGGUGGCUUUCCUUUGGAAACUCGCAACUUUUACCGGGAAGCGAAAGUGAAACUUGUUUGUGACGAUGGCACCAGUAGAAACUUGUUUCUAAGUGCCACACUGAUUGCUUUUGUGGUUGAUUUGGCGUGCAAAUCAACGAGGUUUUAUCGAGUGAAACUUUCAAGUGUCUAAACUUUUAACUAGAGAAACUUUAAUAAGUGUCACAUACAUUGACUUGUUGUGGAUAUCAGGCAAAUCACCAGAUUGUGAUCACCCAUGUUGAAUCGUUUGAACGAUUUUGCCAUGAAUGCAACCGACCUUCUCAUGAGAACUGGAAACUCUCAGGAACUUAUCGACGGUCUGGAUCAGCCCUCAAAGGCCAUGGAUCGCGAUGAAAGUCUUGCGAAGAUCGAAAUUGGCACUUUAUUGGGCAUAUUUUUUACCACAGUUGUGGGCAAUGGCACAGUUUUAUGGGCUUUGUGGACGCGAAAAAGAUACUGUGGUAGAAAGAAACUGUCCAGAAUGUACUUCUUCAUCUUGCACCUAUCGAUCGCCGACCUCAUAGUGGCUUUCUUCAGUGUUCUUCCCCAACUGGCAUGGGAAGUAACUUAUCGAUUCCACGGGGGUUUUGUGCUUUGCAAACUAGUCAAGUAUGGGCAAACGUUGGGGCCCUACUUAAGUUCCUACGUGUUGAUGGCUACAGCGAUCGAUAGACACCAAGCGAUCUGUUAUCCGCUCACUUAUUGCUCCUGGACAUCGAGAAGAUCGAAAUUCAUGAUGUAUGUGGCGUGGAUUGCUAGUCUGCUAUGUUGCAUUCCGCAGGUCAUCAUAUUCUCCUUCCAAGAAGUAGAACCGAAGGUUUACGACUGUUGGGCGACUUUCGACCACGAAUGGGGCGAACAGGCUUAUGUUGUCUGCUACAGCGUGACGGUGUUCAUCAUUCCGCUGUUUGUGCUCGUGUACACCUACACUUGCAUUUGCCGGGAAAUCUGGCGAUGUUCAGACUCGAGUCUCCGGCCACGAAACAUGAGCAAACAGAGCACGAAAAGAGAUCGAGUGCCACUCAUUUCCAGAGCCAAAAUCAACACGGUGAAACAAACAAUCGCCGUUAUUGUAUUGUAUUUAGCCUGUUCAGCUCCAUUUAUUGUCGCCCAGCUAUGGGCCACUUUCGAUCCGAAAAGUGCUUUUCUUGAAGGAUCCACCUUCACCAUUCUAACUCUUCUCUACAGCCUAAACAGCUGUGUAAACCCGUGGAUUUACCUGGUCUUCAACAGGGAGCUGCCCAGGCUGCUGAUCAGACACUUUCUAGCGUCGAACAAAAGCUAUCGCGGAGCUCCGGAUGGGGUUUUGUUUGUGUUCUACUACGAUCGAGGGCGAGAAAAUCCGAGACGUAAAGCGAGACGCAUUUAAAAUAUGGAAAGCGCAAACAGAUUUCUCUGUAGAGCUGGUAAGAAGGAACGUAUCGCUUUCUGGCUGUCGCAAAAGUAGAUCGCAAGAAAUAGCAGCUUUACUAAACCCCAAUGUUAAACGGGCGCUUCAAACAUUUCGUUUUUGGGGUGGUUGCAACCCUUGCGGCUUUCAGUCAUUAAACACCCUGCUGAAAAUUUACUGCGCGCUUUGCAAGCGAUUUUAUUCAGCUUCAAGAGGUUUUCAAUCGCAACAAAGGUUGGAACUUUAUCAACUUUCAGGAUAUUUUGCCUAUUAUAAUGCUGGGGAUAAUGGCAGAAAUGAUGGGAUUGUUUUUUUAUAAAAACAACAAUAAUAGCAGAUGUUAAUUACAUUAAAUUACUGUUAUCAGGGACCGAUAUUGGUAGGAUAGAGUUUGUUCUUGAAGGUGUCACAUACGGAAUAACAGCUGUAUACAAGCCUCCACCCAUUUCGGAAAUUCUUUAUAUUGACGAUUUGAAUACUUAUUUUGCCGGAAGAACAUCUAAAAGCAUCGAAAUUUAUAUGGGUGAUUAACAUCAACAUCAAUUAUAAAAAUAAUCAUUUGGUAAAUUAAUACUUAUCCUUAAUGGGGCAGAACGGAUUUUUAUCAUAUAUAAACCUUCCCACUCGAGUUACAAAAAAUCAUUUAUUUGUGAAACAAAAACUAAGAAGUCCAGGCCUUAAACUUGAGUCAUGUCGGCUGAACAGCGAUUUGACUGAUCACUACCCAAUUUUUCUAAAUAU